CGUGGCCGGCGGCUGUGGGUUCGGGUGCGCGCGCUGAUUCCCUGGGGCGGCGGACUGAGAUCUGGGGCCCACCGCGGCCGGCGCUGAAGGCCCUGCAGUUCACCCUCAGCACUUAGAGCGCCUAAUUUAAGUGUUAGGAACGGUCUAUCCUGAACACAGGAGAGUAAACCGGGUAAAAUAGGUUGGAUGGCGGCUGUGUGCACGCCCACCGAGAGGCAAUAAAUAAAAUAAGACAUGCACAUGACCAUAAUGAAGUUAUGGCAUGCUGAUCCCAUUUUCAGUGAAGAAUUGCUUCCAGUUACUUUGUAACUCCAAAGUCCCAGCUGCUGGUGUUAAAAACACAGUAAAAAGUGGGCUCAUUUUACAGUCGACUUCCAAUGAUGUUUAUCAAAAUCUGGCUAUAGAAGACUGGAUCCAUGACCAUAUGAAUCUAGAAGGCAAAACAAUUCUUUUCUUUUGGAGAAAUUCUCCCUCUGUUGUAAUUGGUAGGCAUCAGAAUCCUUGGCAGGAAUGUAACCUGAAUCUAAUGAGAGAAAAAGGUAUAAAACUGGCUCGGAGAAGAAGUGGAGGAGGAACAGUCUACCAUGAUAUGGGUAAUAUCAACUUGACUUUCUUUACAGCCAAAAACAAGUAUGAUAGAAUGAAAAAUCUGAAAUUAAUUUUGAGAGCUCUGAAUGCUGUCCAACCCCAGCUGGAUGUACAAGCUACCAAAAGAUUUGACCUUUUACUUGAUGGACAGUUUAAAAUCUCAGGAACAGCUUCUAAGAUCGGCAGGACUUCUGCUUAUCACCAUUGCACUUUAUUAUGUAGUACUGAUGAGACCUCCUUGUCUUGUUUGCUAAGGAGUCCUUACCAAGGGAUCAAGAGCAACGCCACUGCCAGCAUACCUUCCUUAGUAAAAAAUCUUGUAGAAAAAGAUCCCACUCUGACCUGCGAAGUACUGAUGAAUGCUAUUGCUACAGAGUAUGCUGCUUAUCAUCAAACUGAUAAUCACAUUAACUUAAUAAACCCAACAGAUGAGACGCUAUUUCCUGGCAUACAUAGCAAAGCCAAAGAACUACAAACUUGGGAAUGGAUAUACGGCAAAACUCCCAAGUUUAGCAUAAACACUUACUUUAAUGUGUUACAUGAACAGUUAGAUUUGGAAAUUAAAGUAUUCAUAGACAUAAAGAAUGGAAGAAUUGAAAUCUGUAAUAUUGAAGCGCCUGAUCACUGGUUGCCGCUGCAAAUAUGUGACAGGUUAAGUUCAGGUCUUAUUGGCAGUAAGUUUUGCCCAACAGAAGCUACCAUGCUGACAAACAAAUUACUUAGAACAUGUCCACAAGAUUAUGAAAUACACAGUAAAUGGAAUAUUCUCUGUGAAAAAAUUAAGGCAAUAAUGUGAUUCCGGGUAAAUUUCUUAAUACUGACAGUUGGAAUAAGAAAAUAAAACUUCUCACACAUGCA